AUGGCUUCCCAUCCCCAAGGAGAAGCUCUCGACAAUGUCGAGCACAACCCGUACGCCUCUGCCAACAGAUGGCGUCAUCAGGAGAGCUCGGCUUUCGCGCGCCAUGCCGCCGCCGCCCAUGGCACCAUCCAACCCCGCGACCCCCAAGAGCGAGGCACCACCGACGACCUGGCCGACUUCCUAAACCGCGACCGCGUUGAGCCAGAAAACCCCAACGCUCCUCCCAACUUCAAGCCUAUCAUGAUCGCUGCUGGUGAGGCCACCGGCGAGGAGGCGCCGCGCUCGAACCCUACUCACGCCAAUGAGCGGGAUGCUCCUGACGGCAGAGAGAUCAUCUGCGGUCCGCUGCUCAACUACCGUAGGAUGGACGGGGAUCGCUGGUACGGAAGCGUCUUGAUUGUUGCCAAGGGCGGCGGCAAGACGCAGAGUUUCGCUCCGCACCUGGUCCUGCGUCCCGUCGACGCAGCCAACGGCCAGCAGGCCCACACCGAGUCGAAUGGGAUGAACGGUACCAACGGCACUGUCAACGGCGAUGGCUCCCGCGCGGCAAACGGCGACAGUGCGAGCGGCACCGAGAUCCAGGGUCAAUGUCUUUACUCGGACCCGCGCAACACGUUUUGGGCCUUUGAUUUAUCUCUUCCGCUCAGCGAAGCCGAGGCUAAAUGGGCGUACUCGGUUCCGGACAUGCGACAGUCGGCUACCAUCCGGCCUGACCGCUUCCACUUCUUCGUCCCCGCCAUCAACGAGUCGAUGCGCAUCAUGUUCCACUCUUGCAACGGUUUCAGUGUAGGCACCGAUGAGGACGCCUGGAGUGGCCCCGCCUUGUGGAACGACGUCAACCGACACCACAAGGAACGGCCAUUCCAUGUCAUGCUCGGAGGAGGCGACCAGAUCUACAAUGACGGUAUUCGAGUCGACGGACCCCUGCGCGAAUGGACCGAGAUCGCGAAUCCCAAGAAGCGCAGAAACUUCCCGUUUCCGGAGAAGCUGCGCCAGGCCUGCGACGACUACUACGUGAAGAACUACAUCCGCUGGUACUCAACGGAGCCUUUUGCGACUGCCAACGCCCAGAUCCCCCAGCUCAACAUCUGGGAUGACCACGACAUCAUUGACGGGUUCGGCUCGUACGUUGACGAGUUCAUGCGAUGCGAUGUGUUCAGGGGCAUUGGUGGAACUGCCCACAAGUACUACAUGCUGUUCCAGCACCACCUACCCCCGCCAGUGUCCACCUACACGUCGGAUCACACCACGACAUCGGAGGGCCAAGGCCUCGACCCCAACCAGCUCAUGGACACCUAUGUUGCCCCUGCCAAGUCUGACCCCAGCUACAUUGUUGGAAAGCAGCCUGGUCCAUACGUUGCCGAGCACUCACACAACAUGUUUGCCCGAUUGGGAGCGCGAAUUGCCUUCCUUGGCAUCGAUGCGCGAACCGAGCGCACACGUCACCAGAUCAACUACCCCGAGACCUACGACUUGAUCUUUGGCCGUCUGAGGCAGGAGCUGAAGUCGGCCGCGGAGUCGGGACGCCCAUUCAAGCAUUUGAUUCUCCUGCUGGGAAUCCCCAUCGCAUACCCUCGCCUGACAUGGCUUGAGAACGUCUUCAGAAGCCCGAUCAUGGGCCCGGUGAAGUUCUUGAAUCGGAGAUUCGGUCUCGCCGGCGGCGUCUUCAACCACUUCGACGGCAGUGUCGACUUGCUCGAUGACCUCGACGACCACUACACAGCCAGGACUCACAAAAAGGAACGCAAUGCCCUCGUGGAGAGACUUCAGGCUAUCGCGUCAGAGUUCUCGGUCCGUAUCACCAUUUUGGGCGGUGAUGUGCACUUGGCGGCUAUGGGCCGCUUCUACUCCAACCCACGCCUGAACAUCGCCACGGAGAAUGACCACCGUUACAUGGCCAACGUGGUCUCUUCGGCCAUCACCAACAAGCCUCCACCAGCGGCCAUCGCGAACUUAUUGGCCAGGCGGAACAAGAUCCAUCAUCUGAACCACGACACUGAUGAGACCCUGCUCAAGUUUUUUGACAAGGACCCAGGUGACACGAGCAAGACGUCGAAUUCCAACCAUGUGACCAUGCCCAGCCGUAACUUCGCCAUCUUGACAGAAAACUCGCCUAACAAUGGGCUCGCGGCACCCGUCAACGGCGACGCACGUUCCAUGAUCUCGGGUAAGGGCGGGCACGAAUUCCUGCACAACGGCGAGGUCGAGUCCGGCUCAAAACACAAGGCUGCCGGCCAGCAACACGGUACCGGCAAUGAUGGUAGCUUGGACAUCUGCAUCCGCGUUGAGAUCGACCAAUCCAACCGGGAAGGCAUCACCGAGGGCUACGGCGUUACUGUGCCUCAGCUCAAGUACCGAAGCCAGCCCGAGCCGGUCGAGCCUUUUCCUGAGCAGGAGCGCCCCGCUGGGCAUGGAGAAUAG